UUUCACUGCUUUGCAUGCGUAAUCCAAUAUGUUCCUGCUUUCCUGUGAAGUGCUAUGCAGUAUUAAACGUGCUCCGUAAAUUUCUUUCCUUCAUUUUAGUGCAGCUAGCAAAGUGCAAAGAGGAAGGUUGCUAUUAUUAUUUUUCACAGACAUCGGGCAAGAUUCUUCGAGGUUGUGAGUUCCAGAAAGAGGCAUUAAAAUGGGAAUUUGCUGUACUACCCCAGAAUCCAGACCGCCAGACAGUCCCAGAAAGCCCUUGGUGCGCAUGUGUUCAUCAGGAAAUCACUUCUCUAACUUUGCUGACAUUGGAGAUAAAGUUGUUCUGUUUGUUGAUUUUGGUCAACAAUUGAAACCAUCGCCACGCAAGAAUCAAAGAGAUUCUUUGCAUGGAGCCACUGCAGGACCGGUGUGGCCCGAUCAACGCCAGCAUGAUCCUGAGAAAGAGCAGUAUGAGAUAAAGCUGGCUGGACUCCAAGCAUUCUUGAAAAAGAUCAAACCAAGAGAUGAAAAUUGUACAAGUUUUCGAGCAGAAGCGAAACUUCUAAUGACAGAUGACGUGCUGGAGAACCCUGGUGGGUUGGUUAAAUUUGUUGUUCCAUACUGCAGCAGUAAAGGUGAAUACUUGGGUGUGGUUACUGAGGAGGACAUUGAAUAUGACCCCAAUUACAGAGUUUACAAUCAUCCACUGUGGGAUGAAUUAAUAGUGCACAAUGAAGGUGUAAGAAAAGAACUUAAACAUCGCACUUCCUCAAGACUAGUUGAGACCACAUAUGGAGCUGUGGGACGACAGCGGCGUAGUCUAAAGGAAUCUGGAGCUGCAUCAACAGAUCAAGUUGAUGGAGCAAGUGCUAGUGUGGAUGCUUUAAGUGCAACUGAUGAACAUGAUCCACUGCUGGGGUCACAUCCCCCUAAACGUUAUUGGCCCGAUUCGUGGGAGAUGUCCUGUUGGCAGCCCUGCUGUGAUCCAAUUAUGCGGUCCAGAAACUGUUUUACAAGAUUCUUGGCCAUGUUCUUUGUAACACCACUAACAAAUGUAACUGGCCUAAGUCUGUACUAUCAACUGUACUUGGUAGAGAUAUUCCACGUCAAAUUUGCGACAAAACUUGGCCACUACAUCUUCAUGCCUUUAAUUGUCAUGAUGAUGUUAACCUUCUUUGCCCAAUGGAGAUUUCUUGGCUGUUAUACUCUCGUCAACACUGAAGUGCUUGUUUUAAAUGGAACUGCUGUUGCUGCUUACAUUCUAUUUUUUUGGUACACAUUUUGGGGACUGAUCCAGAAGACACCUUGUAUGGGGCUUUUCAUGAUUGUACCCCUGGUUGUCAUGUACAUCCUUGCAAACAUAACAUUCCAAAUGGCUGUGAAAAAUUCUUCGCCGGAAAGCUUAAACUGCACUGAGUGUUGGAACCACACAAAUCACUUUUCUGGUCAUGUGAAGUACUUCAAUGCUUUCAAGCUCAUGCACUGGUACUACAAUCCAGUACUAUGGGUGUUUGUGUUGUGCUUUUGCCAAGCACUCAGUCACAUUUUUGAGUCCAAGCUUCCACCACGUGUCGAUCAGACUGCACACUGGAUGAGUUGUACUGACAUGUUUAAAAAAUUUGGAUAUCGCAAGUCUUUCGUGAUUUUCCUUUUGCAAGCAUUAUUUGGAACUAUUGAUGAGCUUUUGGCAUCACCAAGACUUCUACCCUUACUGAUGUUACGAAUAUGUUUCAACAUUGGCUACUGUCCAAAGGAAUGGGAAGUACUCCAGAUAUUGGUCAAAAAAUCAUUGCAAUUUGGGGAUCCAGCAUUAGAUUACAUUGGCACAGGUGGGGCAGCAUAUCUACCUGAAGAUUCAGUGAUACCUGAAGUUUCAAUAACUGAUAGUGAUCCCACUGGAGAAACACUGGACACUAGUGCUAAUGUUGGCUACAACAUCGGGGUGUUGAAAAAACACUUAAAAGAGAUGGAAUCUGUCCUUACUGAUGAGCAGCGAAAAAUACUAAAUGACCCCCAUGCACUCCAACAUGGUGUUGAUGACUGGCUUGAACACUACAUUGUGGUACGACAUUAUGUUGCAAAAUAUGAGCUACAAGUACAUGCAUAUGGCCCAUUCCGAACAAACGCACAAAAUGCACAUGUUGAAAAUGAUGAUAAACGUAUGGACAGAGAUUUUCCGGUCAAACAACACAGAAGCUUUCGUAACUUCUUGAACCAGGUCCGUUUUCAUUUGUGGAUGAUGGAGGAUCAACUGAUCACAAAAAGAGCAGCCUCUGCUUGUUGUGCAAGUGAGCUUUAGAAAUCAAAGAAUUUAGGUAAAAGCGUAAAUGAAGCACAAAUGUCAAGAACAUAUACAUGGUCAUUCCCUGUGUUCUGGUCUCUUUGGGAAUACCAUGCUUCCAGAAAAAGUCUUUUGUGGUAAUUGUUAGCUCUGCUGAUCAUUUCAACGUUAUCAAAAUCCAUGUCAUGAUUAUAUUGAUAAACAUGUUGGGCAAUCUUUGAAUUGGUGUCAAAAAUAUGGACUGCUUUUUUGUGUUCCAAAAUUCUAGUUUUAACUGCUCUCCCACUUUGGAAUCUGCCCAUGAUCAUACACCUAUCAUAUUUGCAUAUAAAUUUUGGAACUUUUUUAAUAUAAUCCAUUGUUACACUCUUUCCAUUCACAACCGAUGAAGACUAAAGUUUUUUGGUUGCACCAUUUUUUUAGUGUUUUUUAACAAAAUGUUUCUUUCAACGUUUUUUAAGCCAGUGUCAAACCCAUGGUUAUAUUAUUAUCUUGAAUCCUGGCUGCAACUUUAGAAGGUUUCUUCUGUAUUAAAAAAGUAGAGUUAUCAUUUAUACAAAGCCAUUACUUUUCUAGCCAUUUUAAAAUAGUGUAGAUUGGUACUAUAUCAAUAUAAUGUACUAUACAUUAUAGAAUCAGACUGGGUAUGCUUAUUUUAUAACAAUAUAUAGAAUUAAUUUUUUUAAUAAUUCUUUUGAGAAGUUUCAUUUUGAGUAUUUUCAAAACAACAAUAAUAAACAAAACAUUUUGAGCUUGAGAUUUUUGUGAGGUAAUAUGCUGAUAAGGCUGAAGGUUGAAUAAACUGUUACCUCAUAGAAAUCAAGACCAAAUAAUCUUAUUGUUUUAUUUGAAUUUUAUCUGAAAUUUCUUCAAAUGAUGACUUUUAUCAUGGCUGAACAGGUCUGUGAUGAAAAGGAGAAUUACAAAUUUUCCAAUAUGGACUGCUCACAAAGUAAUUAAAAAGAUCCAUUACAUCCACUUUGGCAAAAUUGUGUGUGGACUGAGUUGUCAUUUAAUGAAUGAGAAAACAUCGCUAUUUUGUAAACAGCUACUAACCACUGCAUACCAAUGGUUCUUAGCGUAUGAUGGCUCAGCCAAUCAGAUUGCAGCAUUUGCAUCAAUAUAUCAGCAAAAUUCUACUAUUUUUAGACUUCAUAAAAAAAAAAAUUGUGUAAACCAAAAAUAGGUUGUCUUUAUAAGACAAGAGUGAGUAACAAGGGUGCAUAACUGGGAGAGAGUCACAGAGGUGAAGCUGUGACCAAACUUCAAUUAUAAACUUUCUAUGUAUUUCAUCUAAAUUGCAUUAAAAGAGUGACAAAUAAAAUUUAUUUUCUUAAAAAGUAA